AAUCCUUAUAGAGAAUAAACUUUGAAUUUGAAUUUGAAUUGAAUCAACAUAGGUUGGUCUUGUGGGUCCUCGAGCAGGGUAGUCACCUCCACACCGUCUACGUCGAUGAGGGAAUUUACUUGGAGUGGACGUAUUGCACAAAAACAAGAUUGUGUGAUGAAACAAUCAUCCCUGUAUGGGAAGACUAGUGAACAUGGAAACUGAGAGAGAUAAAACUACUGUUACAGCUAUGGGUUCUCAACCUGAGUGCCACAAGGCACACACAACUUCAAAGUAUGCUCAGCUUGUACAUCAUGAAUCUAGCAGUUGCAGUCAGAACCUCGAAUCUAGAACUGAAGCUGUGUGUUGUGAAAUUGGAGGUGUUUCAGGUAAUCCUCACUCCAAACUUGAAUGCAGCCACUGCAGUGUUAAAUUGAAAUCUAGUACUGAACUGCCAUUGUUUGCAAAGUCGAAGCCCAUCUACAGUGAAAAUGUGGAAACAGACGUGACAUUAGAUUCUCUAUCACUGGGAGCACAAUCUUUCAGUUGUAGUGACCCAACAGAAUCUUGUGAUCCAUCAGAUACUGAGGCUCGCAACAGCACCAGCUGUGCGGAAGACAAUGAGAAUGAUGCUAUGGAGUCGACAAAUAAGGACCCAUCACCAUAUGAUAACCCAAUUUUUCGUGAAUUGUCUAGAAUAAAUGGAGAGAUAAACAAAUUAAAGAUGGACCAGUUAAAAGCAAGGCUGAGAUCUUUACACCUGGAUACUCAUGGCAAGAAAUCCGUCCUACAGAAGAGAUUGAAGACAUAUUAUAAAGUUCAAAAGUUACAGGAAGAAAACAUUGAGGACCCAGGUUUUAGGCAACUCUAUUAUGACAACUAUGUGAUUAUAGACUUUGAGGCUACCUGUGAUAACACAGAUCCUCACAAUUAUAGACAUGAGAUUAUAGAAUUUCCAGGAGUUUUAGUAUGCACCAAAAGUUGCAGAGUCAUCAGUGAAUUCCAUUCAUAUGUUCGUCCAUCUGUUAACCCAAAACUGACGAGCUUCUGUACAAGUCUAACUGGAAUUACUCAG